CUGCUGGCCAGUGCUCUCUGCACCUUCGUGCUGCCGCUGCUGCUCUUCCUGGCGGCGAUCAAGCUCUGGGACCUGUACUGCGUGAGCAGCCGCGACCGCAGCUGCGCCCUCCCUCUGCCCCCCGGCACCAUGGGCUUUCCCUUCUUUGGGGAAACAUUGCAGAUGGUGCUACAGCGAGGGAAGUUCCUGCAGAUGAAGCGCAGGAAAUACGGCUUCAUCUACAAGACGCAUCUGUUUGGGCGGCCCACUGUGCGGGUGAUGGGUGCCGACAACGUGCGGCGCAUCUUGCUCGGGGAGCACCGGCUAGUGUCGGUCCACUGGCCCGCGUCGGUGCGCACCAUCCUGGGCUCCGGCUGCCUUUCCAACCUGCACGACUCCUCGCACAAGCAGCGCAAGAAGGUAAUUAUGCAGGCCUUCAGUCGUGAGGCGCUCCAGUGCUACGUGCCGGUGAUCACCGAAGAAGUGGGCAACUGCUUGGAGCAGUGGCUGAGCUGCGGCGAGCGGGGCCUCCUGGUCUACCCCCAGGUGAAGCGCCUGAUGUUCCGCAUCGCCAUGCGCAUUCUGCUGGGCUGCGAGUCCCGUCUGGCCAGCGGCGGGGACGCCGAGCAGCAGCUCGUGGAGGCCUUCGAGGAAAUGACCCGCAAUCUCUUCUCAUUGCCCAUCGACGUGCCCUUCAGCGGGCUGUACCGGGGCAUGAAGGCGCGGAACCUCAUCCACGCGCGCAUCGAGGAGAACAUUCGCGCCAAGAUCUGCGGGCUGCGGGCGGCCGAGGCUGGCGCAGGCUACAAGGAUGCGCUGCAGCUGUUGAUCGAGCACUCGUGGGAGCGGGGAGAGAGGCUGGACAUGCAGGCACUAAAGCAAUCUUCCACCGAACUCCUCUUCGGAGGACACGAAACCACCGCCAGUGCAGCCACUUCUCUGAUCACUUACCUGGGGCUCUACCCUCAUGUUCUCCAGAAAGUGCGAGAGGAACUGAAGAGUAAGGAUUUACUUUGCAAGACCAAUCAAGACAACAAGUUGGACAUAGAAACUUUGGAACAGCUUAAAUACAUUGGGUGUGUUAUUAAAGAGACCCUUCGACUGAAUCCCCCAGUUCCAGGGGGGUUUCGGGUGGCCCUUAAGACUUUUGAAUUAAAUGGAUACCAGAUUCCCAAAGGCUGGAAUGUUAUCUACAGCAUCUGUGAUACGCACGACGUGGCAGACAUCUUCACCAACAAGGAGGAAUUUAAUCCUGACCGAUUUAUGCUGCCACACCCUGACGAUGCAUCCAGGUUUAGCUUUGGGAAGGAGUUUGCAAAAAUUCUUCUCAAAAUAUUUAUAGUGGAGCUGGCCAGGCAUUGUGACUGGAGGCUUCUCAAUGGACCUCCUACAAUGAAAACCUGUCCCACCGUGUACCCUGUGGACAAUCUCCCUGCAAGGUUCACCCGUUUCCAGGGGGAAAUCUGAUGGUGGGAAUGCCUAGGCCUCGGACUUAUUGGAAAUGUACCUAUGAGAUUUUACAUAAUGCCAUGUUGAUUCUAUUUAAUUUCUAAAUAUAUAUUAUAAUAUUUAUGUGUCUCUACUACAGUGCCACAGUCUUUAAAUAUUAAAAUAAUGAAUUUUGUAUAGUUUCCAAAUAAAGUAAAAUUUGAAGGUG